GACAUGUUCUAUGCCAUGAGGAAUGUUAGAUACCCUGAUAAUGCCAAACACAAUGAAGCUGGGAGUGCUGAGGAUUGUGAAAGAAGUUGUCUUAGUGAUUGCUCCUGCUACGCAUAUUCCUACUCUGAUGGAUGCAGAAUUUGGAACUCUGAACUGCUUAAUGUUGCGCAAGGGUAUAAUGGAAGUGCCAGUGAAGGAAUUCUUUACCUUCGGCGCUGCCGAAGAGAUAAAAACUUCAAAGCACAAGAGAGGAAUGAUAGUCGGGUUAGUGACUGCUGCAACCAUCUUCACUGCUUCGUCUCUGUUUGCAAUUAUUUGCAUGUUUGUCAGGAGAAGGAUAAGGAAGCAUUCAUCUAUGAAAUCAAGCAACAUCAGAGGAGGAAUUGUGGCUUUUAGAUACAAAGGUUUGCAACAUGCGACAAAAAACUUCUCGGAAAAAUUAGGAGGUGGUAGUUUUGGUUCUGUGUUUAAGGGUAUCUUACCUGAUUCAACUGCCAUUGCAGUUAAAAGGCUCGAUGGUGCUCGUCAAGGAGAGAAGGAAUUUAGGGCAGAAGUGCGUUCAAUAGGAAUGAUCCAGCAUAUUAAUUUGGUCACGUUAAUUGGCUUUUGCUGCCAAGGAAGCAAAAGAUUGCUUGUCUAUGAGUAUAUGCCGAACCAUUCUCUUGAUGCCCAUUUGUUUCAGAGCAGUGGCAUGUCCUUGUGUUGGAGCACUAGAUACAAGAUAGCACUUGGUGUUGCUAGAGGAUUAGCAUAUUUGCAUGAGAAUUGCCAAGACUGUAUUAUCCAUUGCGACAUAAAGCCACAGAACAUUCUUUUAGAUGCAUCGUUUGUUCCUAAGAUUGCAGAUUUUGGGAUGGCAAAGUUUAUUGGAAGGGAUUUCAGCCGAGUCAUAACCACAAUGAGAGGAACUGUAGGAUAUCUUGCUCCUGAAUGGAUCAGUGGUGUGGCUAUCUCAUCAAAGGUAGAUGUCUAUAGUUACGGAAUGGUACUGUUAGAAAUAAUAUUUGGAAGAAGAAACUCCAGAGAAGAAUACAGCAACGAUAGCAUAUACUUCCCGGUACAAGUUGUAAAUAAACUCCUUGAGGGGAAUGUGCAGUGCUUGAUGGAUGAAAACAUACAGGAUGGCAUCAAUCUGGAAGAAGUUGAAAGAGCUUGCCGAGUUGCUUGUUGGUGCAUUCAGGAUCACGAGUCCCAAAGAGUGAAUAUGGGAGAAGUAGUCCAGAUCCUUGAGGGUCUGAUUAAGGUUGAUGUGCCCCCGAUGCCAAAGGUGCUUGAAGCAAUUUCAGGAGGCACAGAUUCAACAAUCAGUUAGGCUUGACAAUCAGUGAGGCACUCCAGAUGAUUUUGCCAGGUUGCACAAGGAUGCAGUAUAUGAUGCACUUGCUUCAAGCACUUACCAAAUCGGUUCCAUUUUGAUCCCGGCAGCAGUACCAUGGAAGAAGGCAAACUACGCGAAGUGCUACUCUUCUGAUCCAUUUUGAUCAGAUCGGUUCAAUUAGCUAACUGCCUAAUCCAGUUAAAGAGGAAAGAUGUCUGGU